UGUUGUGUGCUUCAUGGACGACAUCCUCGUGUCAGCACCAAACAUUGCAGAGCACCUUGUAGUGCUGGACAAAGUGAUGUCAAGACUGGAGAAAUACGGAGUGAGAAUGAAACGCAGCAAGUGUGAGUUCCUCCAGGACUCAGUGGAGUAUCUCGGAUACAAGAUUGAUGCACAAGGCCUGCACCCAACCAACAGCAAGGUGGAAGCAAUCGUAAACGCACCAGCACCCACAAAUAUCUCAGAGCUGAGGUCAUUUUUGGGGCUCCUGAACUAUUACGGAAAGUUUGUGGCAAACUUGUCCACAUUGUUGCAUCCGCUUCACCAACUGCUGCAGGCCGAUACAAAGUGGAAUUGGUCCCCACAAUGCGAAGAAGCAUUCAAGAUGUGCAAACAGCGUCUGCUAAAGAGCAAGUGGCUUGCCCACUAUAACACAGAGAUGAAGCUGAGACUCGCUUGUGAUGCAUCUCCAUACGGAGUAGGAGCCGUCAUCUCACAUGUUCUACCGCCAGGUGAAGAACACCCUAUUGCAUUUGCAUCACGGACUCUGUCACCAAGUGAGAAAAAUUAUGCUCAAAUUGAGAAGGAAGCCCUGAGCAUAAUAUUUGGAGUGAAGAAGUUUCACAAAUACCUCUACGGAAGGAAGUUCCAACUGCUGACAGAUCACAAGCCUCUGUUGGCCAUCCUUGGACCAAAAUCAGCUAUACCAACCCUUGCUGCACUUCGAAUGCAACGUUGGGCUCUGAUAUUGUUAGCCUACGACUACGAGAUUGAGUACAGACGAUCCAGUGAUCACGCAAAUGCCGAUGCACUAUCAAGACUACCAUGCAAUAGUGACUCCGACAGUGAAGAUGAUAGAGCAGCCUUCCAGAUCUCUCUCAUUGAUGAACUGCCCAUAUCUGCUUCUGACAUAGCAGAGGAAACAAGGAAAGACCCAGUGCUUUCCAAAGUCUUGGACUUAACAUUAGGCGGUUGGCCAACCUUCGUAAAUUACGAUAACCUUCGUCCAUUCAUCGACAAGAAAGACCAGUUGUCCACUGAUCAAGGGUGUGUUCUGUGGGGAUCAAGGGUGGUGGUACUUCACAAAUUCCAGAGGAGACUGCUAUCUGACCUGCAUGAGGGACAUCCAGGGAUCACUCGAAUGAAAGCACUCGCUCGCAGUUAUCUGUGGUGGCCUGGACUGGAUCAGGACAUUCAACAGCAUGUAGGCCACUGCUCACCUUGUGAAGCUGUUCGCAACAAGCCUGCUGCUGCACCUCUUCAUCCAUGGUCCUGGGCUGCUACACCUUGGGAACGCAUCCAUGUGGAUUACGCCGAAAUUGACAAGCAACAUUUCCUUGUUGUCGUCGAUGUCCAUUCCAAGUGGAUGGAAGUGUUCCCUACUCAACUGACCACAGCUGAGAAGACCAUCAAUCUUCUCAGACACCUGUUUGCAUCCUUUGGACUAGUCAAGGAGCUCGUAUCGGACAAUGGCCCCCCGUUCACGUCAAACGAUUUUGAAAUGUUUCUCAAGAACAACGGAGUAAGGCACAUCCUGUCACCACCUUACCAUCCGGCAUCAAACGGAGCAGCGGAGAGAGCCGUGCAAACCUUUAAGAAGGCCUGGACUAGACUCGAGGUUCAGUCUGUGCCCAUCCACCAAAGGCUUCCCCGGUUCCUGUUUACUUACCGUAACACCCCACACACAGUAACGGAAUGUACACCAGCUGAACUGUUUCUGAAACGCCAACCACGUACCCGCCUGACAUUGUUGAAACCAGACUUGUCAAGCACUGUGGCAAAGCACCAGCUACAGCAGAAGAAAGCUCAUGACAGACACUCAAAGACUGUCAGAGAAUUCAAAGAGGAAGAGAGGGUGAUGGUACGUGAUUUCAGACACCCCAAGCGCCUGUGGAACUCAGGUGUGAUCUUGCAACGCAGAGGACCUUUAACUUACCAAGUCCAAAUUGGUCAUCGCCAGGUCAACGUUCAUGUGGAUCAUCUGCUACGGUCCAACGCCCCAGCAAAGACAUGCCGAGAGAACAAGAACAAUAACGACCCCCAGGACUAUUCUCCUGACUGUGGAUGUACGGGAGAGACAGAGCCUGACCUUCCACCCGAACCUGGCCCACCACAGGAAGCCCAAGAGGAGCGGAGAUAUCCUAUUCGUCAGCGAAGGGCACCUCAAAAGCUUGACCUGUGA